AAAAUUGGAACUCCUCGCCAAUUACUCAGAGAAACAGCUGCAGAAGCUUCAGCAGCUGAGAAGAAAUCCUUGAUAGGUUUCAGAUUUCAUUCCUUCCCUCUAAUCUUCACAGUUGUACUCGAAUGGGACUGAAACUCCAUUGCAGACCUAAUCCUCUAAUCUUUCCUGCCACUUUUAUCAACCAAAAUCCUUCAAAUUUCUUGAUUUUGAAGCCACUGCCACUACAUUCGAGACACCGAACGAGGCAUUGCCGCCUAAAACCGCUUUUUCGAGUUUCAGCUUCCAGCAAUGGAAAUGGGUCGGAGGAUUUCUCAUGGUUCAGCGUUUCACACGCCAUUCGCCGCGGCUCUGAGCGGUUUUUGACAAAUUUUGGAGAAUUUGUGAAGAAAGAGACAGGGUUUGAUUUCGAAGAAACCAAUGUUGAGGUGGUUCGCUUUUUGGGUAAGGUUCGGGACACGUCCAAGAAGGGUGAGGCUGUAUUUGAUCGGUUCAGGUCCGAAUGGAUCCCCGAGUUCGUUGACUGGAAUAAGUGGGAGCGUUGGAAGGAAUUCAGGGAUUGGGAGCCUAAACGAAUUGGUGUGUUGAUUAUCUAUGCUUUUAUUAUGAUAAUUUCAUGUCAAAGGAUAUAUGUUGCUUUAAAAACCAAUCGUCUUCUUCGUGAAAGCAAGGUGUUGACUGAGGCAUAUAUGGAAGCUUUGAUUCCCGAGCCAUCUCCUGGUAACAUUAAGAAGUUUAAGAAGGGUAUAUGGAGGAAGACAAUGCCCAAAGGCCUGAAGAUGAAGAAGUUCAUUGAAGGACCAGAUGGGGUGCUUAUUCAUGACAGUUCUUAUGUUGGGGAAGAUGCAUGGGAUGAUGAUCCAGAACCUCCUGAAAAAAACGUAAAGCAAAUCAUUGAUGAUGACAUGAGAUUUAAUGAAGAGGAAAAGAAGAAGCUGAAAGAAGGCUUAGGUGUUUCAGAGGAAGAUCAAGAAAGUAGAGAUACAUGGCGUGAAAGGCUUAAAAAAUGGAAGGAAGUUCUUGGAAAGGAGAAGUUAACUGAGCAAUUAGAUACUAUGAAUUCUAAGUAUGUAGUUGAUUUUGACAUGCAAGAGGUUGAGAAGAGCCUUCGGAAAGAUGUGGUGGAAAAGAUAGCUGAUGCUCAAGGUGGUAGGGCACUCUGGAUUUCUAAGAGAUGGUGGCGCUACCGUCCAAAGCUUCCGUACACUUACUUUCUUCAUAAACUUGAUUGUUCUGAGGUCGCUGCAGUUGUCUUUUCAGAGGACUUGAAGAAACUAUAUAUAACUAUGAAAGAAGGAUUCCCUUUAGAAUAUGUUGUCGAUAUUCCUCUUGAUCCUUACUUGUUUGAGAUCAUAACAAGUUCUGGAGUUGAAGUGGAUCUCCUUCAGAAGCGGCAAAUUCAUUACUUCCUCCGUGUUGUGGUGGCAUUGGUUCCUGGACUAUUGAUUCUGUGGUUCAUAAGAGAAUCUGUGAUGCUUCUACACAUCACAUCAAACCGCUAUCUAUACAAGAAAUAUAACCAACUUUUUGAUAUGGCUUAUGCCGAAAACUUUAUCUUGCCAGUGGGAGAUGCUGUAGAAACAAAAUCCAUGUAUAAAGAAGUAGUGCUAGGAGGUGACGUUUGGGACCUUCUGGAUGAGUUGAUGAUUUACAUGCGAAACCCCAUGCAGUACUAUGAGAAACAAGUGCAGUUUGUUCGGGGUGUGCUUCUGUCUGGACCUCCUGGAACAGGGAAGACACUUUUUGCACGGACACUUGCAAAGGAAAGUGGUAUGCCUUUUGUUUUUGCUUCUGGUGCAGAAUUCACAGAUAGUGAAAAAAGUGGUGCAGCGAGGAUUAAUGAGAUCUUCUCUAUUGCAAGGAGAAAUGCUCCUUCCUUUAUAUUUAUAGAUGAAAUCGAUGCUAUUGCUGGAAGGCAUGCAAGAAAGGAUCCCCGGAGGCGAGCAACAUUUGAGGCUUUGAUUUCGCAGCUUGAUGGAGAUAAAGAGAAAACUGGCACUGAUCGAUUUUCACUAAGACAAGCUGUCAUAUUCAUCUGCGCAACAAAUAGGCCAGAUGAAUUGGACCUAGAUUUUGUACGCCCUGGACGUAUUGAUCGUCGUCUGUACAUUGGUUUACCUGAUGCAAAACAGCGUGUACAAAUCUUUUCUGUUCACAGUGAGGGAAAACAGGUUGACGAAGAUGUAGACUUCGGAAAGCUUGUUUUCCGUACUGUUGGUUAUUCCGGGGCAGAUAUUCGAAAUCUUGUUAAUGAAGCAGGAAUAAUGUCUGUGAGGAAAGGACAUUCCAAGAUCUCACAACAAGACAUCAUUGAUGUCUUAGAUAAACAGUUGCUUGAGGGAAUGGGAGUAUUGCUUACAGAGGAAGAGCAACAAAGAUGUGAAGAGAGUGUGCCUUUUGAAAAGAAAAAAUUGCUUGCUGUACAUGAGGCUGGUCACAUAUUGUUAGCUCACUUGUUUCCUCGAUUUGAUUGGCACGCAUUUUCUCAGCUCCUACCUGGUGGAAAGGAAACUGCGGUAUCUGUUUUUUAUCCCAGAGAAAAUAUGGUAGAUCAAGGAUAUACCACAUUUGGGUACAUGAAGAUGCAAAUGAUCGUAACGCAUGGUGGGCGUUGUGCUGAACGUGUUGUGUUUGGUGAUGAUAUUACUGAUGGGGGAAGGGAUGAUUUAGAAAAGAUUACCAAAAUUGCAAGAGAGAUGGUAAUUAGCCCUAGAAAUCCCAGGUUAGGGUUGACACGCUUGACAAAAAGAUAUGGGCUGAUGGAUAGUCCAGAUAGUCCAGAUGGGGAAUUGAUUAAGUAUAAGUGGGACGACCCUCGUGUGAUUCCUGCUGAUAUGACGGUUGAAGUAGCUGAACUAUUUACUCGUGAACUGACAAGGUACAUUGAAGAGGCUGAAGAAUUUGCAAUGAAUGGCCUGAAGCAAAACAGGCAUAUUCUGGAUAUGAUUGCAAAGGAACUACUGGAAAAAUCUAGGAUAACAGGACUGGAAGUGGAGGAAAAGAUGAAAGGAAUGUCUCCUAUAAUGUUUGAAGAUUUCAUAGAGCCAUUCCAGAUAAAUUGGGAAGAGGAGGGACCACUGCCUCAUAAUGAUCGACUGCGUUACCAACCAUUGGAUAUAUAUCCUGCACCGCUCCACAGAUGUUAAACAUCCAAGAAAUUUUCAUUGUUUCUUAACUAAUGGUAUGUACAGUAUAAUGGUGGCAUGUACAGAAAGCUAACUGCAGAGAUAGCUAUUGUAUUCUACUGAUGAGCCUGAGUUUUCAGUUGGUCAGGCCAAGUACUAGCUUCCCAACUAGGUCUUGUUUU